UCUUCUCAGAGUAUCUCUGCUGAACUCACAUCUCCUGGACCAUGUCUUACCAUUGCAGUUCUGGAAACUUCUCUAGCUCUCAAAGUGCCUGCCUGCAUGGCCCUGUCUCCUCCUGUGGUUCUUCCUCUCCAAGCAACCUAGUCUACAGCAUGGGAUUCUGCUCUCCCAUGACCUGCCAGCUGGGAUCCUCUCUCUACAGAGGCUGUCAGGAGACCACCUGUGAGCCCAGCAGCUGUCACACAUCUAGUGUGGUGUCCAGCCCCUGCCGGACUUCCUAUUACUACCCAAGGACCUCUGCACUCUGCACUCCCCACCAAGCAACUUAUACUAGGUCUCUGGGCUUCGGCUCUAGAAGCUGCCACUCCUUGGGCUAUGGAUCUCAAAGCUGUUAUUCACUUGACUGUGUAUCCAAUAGUUUCAAACCCUUGAGUUCUAGAGGUUGUGGCUUCCCUUCUGUGAGUUAUGGAUCCAGACUCUGCUGCCCAAACUAUUUUCCUUUUACAAGUUUCCAGACACCUUGUUACCAACCAAUGUACAGAUAUGGAUUCUACUGA